AGUUUGUGAGCGACCAGGUGGCAGUUUGUGAGCGACCAGGUGGCAGUUUGUGAGCGACCAGGUGGCAGUUUGUGAGUGACCAGGUGGCAGUUUGUGAGUGACCAGGUGGCAGUUUAUGAGCGACCAGGUGGCAGUUUGUUUGAGUGACCAGGUGGCAGUUUGUGAGUGACGAGGAUGGCAGUGCCUGAUCCAUUGUCCUGCAGGCAGCGCCAACUGCUGGCUUCCCUAAGGCGAAACUGCCUAAGGGUGGUGUCAAAUGUUACCCAAAUGGUUCCCCAAAGGGAGUUUGUAGCCCUUAAGAAAGAGCUCAAGGAAUGCAGGGAGCAGCUCCUUGAAAGGGAAGAAGAAAUUGCUGAAUUGAAAGCAGAAAGGAACAACACCAGGUUGCUGGUAGAGCACUUGGAGCGCCUCAUCUCCAGGCAUGAGAAGGCUCUCAGGAAGACCGUGAAGAGACAGGCUUGCUCAUCAGGAGGCCUGUCCAACGAAGUCACAGUGUUUAAUGCACUGAAGUCAUUGUUUGAACACCACAAAACUCUGGAUGAAAAGGUGAGGGAGAAAUUACGAGUGGCAGUUGAAAGAUGCCAUUUGUUAGAAGAAGAAUUAGGUGCCACACAGAGAGAGGUCAUGAUUCUUAAACAACAAAAAAAUCAGAAAAAAUCACCCACAGAGGGAGUGAUGGCACAAGAAAAUACAUCCAGUGUAAACAGAAAGAAUUCUCUGUUUCACCAAAUUGAAAAUGCAAAAAAGCUAUUAGAAGAAACGCAACGUGCUAAGGAUCAGCUUGUCCUAACCCAUGAAAAACUGAGGGCUGAACUAGACCAGAUGAUGCUAAGAGGUGCUUCACUUCAUCACAGCCAACCCCAGCUGGGCAGUGCCCACGGGUUCCCUGUGGCAGACAGGCGCACAGUUUCCUCCAGCACCCGCACGGCAUUGCGGCGACCCAAGAAGGGCCGCCUGGCAGCCCUGAGGAGACGCCCCCACCUUACCCUGGAAGCCCUGAGGGAAGACCCUUCUGAGUCUCCAUAUUCCAGAGAAGAUGACAAGACAAUUGUAGAGUGUCAAACCAUCCCCACCACCUCCCUGGUGUCCCUCCAGGUGGACAACCCACAGGAAGGAGUGCCGCACAUGGGCUGCCACAACGACAUCAGCUCCACAGACUCCCAGGAUGGUCCCACAAUUAAUCCAGGGAGGAGCGACGGCAGCCAGGAGUCGGUGAACAAAGCCAGGAAGAGGAAGGGCAUCAAGUCCUUCUUCUGGUUUGGGAAGAAAAAAAAGGGCCGACCUGCAGAAAAUGACAAAGUGGCAUCAGAGCCAGGCAAUGCAUCAGGAACACAAAGGUUGGAUUCUGCUGCAGUCAGGACUUACUCCUGCUAAAGCCUCCUGUUGUUUACCCAUACUACUUCAAAGAUGAUUAUGCAGCAUUUUGAAUCCAACAAACUACAUUUUAGAAUUCAGUGGAAUCUUUAAUCUGUUAAUACUUGUUAUAUGGACCCUAAGAUAUUUUAUUAAAGAGUUUUUAGCGAAUGAAAAAUUCAUGAACACC